AUGACUGAAUCUUUGGAAGCGUUAGAUCACUCACAACUGCUCGACGAUCAACGAAGGGCUUACGAGAUCGUUUCAUGGCACCUAAAACAUAUAACGUCAGGAAAUCGACCUCUGCAGCUUAUGAUGUUGAUACAUGGUGAAGGAGGCAUCAAAAAGUCAACAGUCAUCCAGACAAUAGACAGCACCUUCACCAGGAUGGGAGUGGAAGAAUGGCUAGCGAAAGCAGCAUAUACAGGGAUAGCGACAUUGGUGAUCGAUGGCAAGACAACCCAUACGAUAGCAGGAAUCAACGUUAAUGGUCGUCCAAUGUCUGCGAAAAAGAGAAAAAUGUUAGUGAUGUACUGGGGGUGA